UUAAUAGUAACCCUUUUUCAUGUUAGAAAGGAAUAUAAAUUUGAAAUGACGUGUCCACCAAAAACUUGGGGUUGAAAAUGAAGCAACUAAUAGAAGAAGUUGUGGAUAAACCAUUUCGCCCAAAACAAAAUUCCCCUCAAAAAUAAUAAAAAUUUGUAAAACAAACGAUGCUCCUCUAUGGCGCAACUUCCACCAGAAUCAGAUGCUCGAUGAAAUGCCCCAGAGACCGCCAAACUCAACUACUCCACAGAAAACCGCCCGUCUUUGAUCUCCAUUUCACCGCAGGCAACUACAUAGCCGUCGCAGUCGCCGCCGCCUCCGCGGCGCUGGUGCUGUCGGCGGGAGCCAUAGAGGUGGCGGCACCAUCGCAGCCGGAGGAGACGCUGUCGAACGUGCCGCAGACGCUGUCGAGCGUGUGCAGUCCCGAUGAAAAGGAGUGCAAGAAGAGAUACAAAAUCCAGAGGCCGAAGUCGAAGAAGGCGGAGGCGUGCACGAGUAAGUGCACCUCCACCUGCAUUCAAGGCGGUUUCGGUUCCCCCGGAGAAGGCCCCUUUAACAUCCGCAGACCACUAGUUGUUUUCAAAGAUAGUUUUCGGAGUCGAAAAUAUUGUUUGUCAGAAUGCUCUGACAUCUGUAACUUGAUUGGAGAUGGUGAUGAUGGACCCUGAUUCAUUCAUUUUUUUUAUUUUUUGGAUAGAUUCAAUGUAGAAUGAGAGUUUUGUUUUUCCCCUUGUGUUAAUAUGUAAAUCCAGAUAUUCGUGUGAGUUUUCAAUUGCUUCACACUCAUCGUAAUGUAAUGAAUGGAACCUCAUAUUUCUUGCA